AAACCCUCAUUUCAAACUCUUUCUCUCUCUACAGAGCCUUGGAGAAGAAAGGUGAACCAGAAAUGGCGACACACAUAGGACUGAUGGAUGGGGCAUACUUCGUCGGCAGAGGAGAGAUCCUUGCCUGGAUCAAUUCCACACUUCACCUUAAUCUCUCCAAAGUCGAAGAGGCGUGUACGGGUGCGGUUCAUUGCCAGCUGAUGGAUGCUGCUCAUCCAGGGUUAGUCCCUAUGCACAAAGUCAAUUUCGAUGCCAAGAAUGAAUAUGAGAUGAUCCAGAACUAUAAGGUUCUACAAGAUGUAUUCAACAAACUCAAGAUUACCAAGCACAUUGAGGUUAACAAACUGGUGAAAGGAAGAGCGCUUGACAACCUGGAAUUCAUGCAAUGGUUGAAGAGAUACUGCGAUUCUGUUAAUGGAGGCAAUAUACACAGUUACAAUCCUCUGGAGAGAAGGGAAGCUUGCAAGGGUGCCAAAGAAAUGAACAAAAGAUCUGCUCCUUCACAAAAUGCAUCCAAAAAUGCCUCAACUGCUCCAAAGCAUGCCCCUCAUAGCACUAGAAGAAAUGAUGUACAUCAUGUAAGCAGCACAAGUCAAUCUGGUAAGCUCUCCAGGCCUUCUUCGAGUGGAGGAGCAUCAACCUAUUCUGAAGCAGAACGUACUGCACAUGAACAACAGAUUACGGAGUUGAAGUUAUCAGUGGAUAGUCUUGAAAAGGAAAGGGACUUCUAUUUUUCAAAGCUGAGGGACAUUGAGAUCCUAUGCCAAUCUCCAGAGAUUGAAAACCUCCCUGUGGUUGAAGCAGUAAAGAGGAUUCUGUAUGCUAUGGACGAUGAUGCAUCUCUUGUAGAUGCUGAAGCCAUGAUAUCUGACCAACACCAGCAAGUAGAGACAUUGAGUUGCGUAUCUGAAGAGGCAGAAGAAAGGCUGAGGGUAGACACUCAAAAGAGAAAAAACAUUGUCAAUAUUGACGUUGACCUAGCUGCCAGUAACACAUUGUCUCCAAAGCAAAGGAUUUCUGAUGCUUCUGAUGUCCAUUGCAGUGGAUCACUUGUGACAUAUUGAUCAACCUUGUCUGCUGGAUAAAUAACUUGUUCGAUCUGAGUCGUGGAAUAAUUCCUGCUACUGUCUUUGUUACUCGAAUUAUAUAUUCUCAGAGCAUACUUCGUUUCUAAGCAAUAUCAUUUAUCAGUAUAGAAGUAAUGAAUAUAAGAGCCUGUCUGGUUUGUCUGUCUUUUUGUACAACAUUGCCCGAUGUUAUCGUUGUCCUAUAGCAAGUAUUGGCAACUGUACUGGUUGCUCUGUAGUCACUUCAUUGUAGUGCAAGAUCUUGGAUCAUUUAUGAUUAUUACUGUGGUUUAAUGGAUACUAAAGUUGGUGUUGCGUUUGA